GACACCCAAGACGAGGAGGAGGAGAGUGAGGACUACUGCCCUAAUGAGGAGGAAGAUGAGGAGGGGGACGAGGAGGAGAGACAUGGAAGGGCCUACACUGGAGACUACUAUGCCCCAGAGGACAAUGGGAACUCAGUAAGGGUCUCUCCGUACCUUAACCGUAAGGUGCUGGUGGUAGAAGGGGAGACGGGGGAGGAGGCGGAGGAGGACAUUGACCAAAUAGUUGCAGAGAUCAAGAUGAGCAUGAGCAUGGGAAGUCUAAGCAGCAGCACUGACCAAAGCCCUGAGGAGCUGGCGCAGGACCCUGCAUCGAGUGACUACCCUCACCCCAAACCCGACCCGGCCCCCUACCCUCCAGCUCACCAUCGUCAUGACAGCAGGCCUAAGUCCCUGAACCUGCCCUCCAUGCAUCACAACAACCCAGACCUCCAGAGGGGCAUCAAGGCACAUCCACGCUCCCCUGAAGACAGGCAGAGAUGGCAGCAGGAGCAGGUGAGCAAUGGUGCAGAGCAACCCAGAAAACAACAGCGCUCCGACCUCAACGUCCCCCUGGAGAACAACAAUGUACCCGAGCCAACAAAGAAGGUUGCAUCAUUCCCGAGCUUCGUCGAUGGACCCUGUGAGCCAGAAGACCUGAUUGAUGGAAUUAUCUUUGCUGCUAACUACUUGGGUUCCACUCAGCUGCUGUCUGAAAGGAACCCCUCUAAGAACAUACGCAUGAUGCAGGCCCAGGAGGCUGUCAGCAGGGUCAAGAGGGUACAGAAGGCUGCCAAAAUCAAGAAAAAGGCGAAUGCAGACGGGGAUGCUACAACGCUCACUGAGGUCGAUCUGUUCAUCUCCACCCAGAGGAUCAAAGUCCUCAAUGCAGACUCACAGGAGACAAUGAUGGACAACGCGCUCCGCACUAUAUCCUACAUUGCUGACAUUGGAAACAUCGUUGUGCUGAUGGCGAGGCGCAGGAUGCCACGCACGGCCUCUCAGGACUGUAUCGAGACCACACCAGGGGCACCAGAGGCAAAGAAGCAGUACAAGAUGAUAUGCCACGUCUUUGAAUCUGAAGAUGCCCAACUCAUCGCUCAAUCCAUCGGCCAGGCGUUCAGUGUUGCUUAUCAGGAGUUCCUGAGAGCCAAUGGCAUCAACCCAGAGGACCUGAGCCAGAAGGAGUACAGUGACAUCAUCAACACCCAGGAGAUGUACAAUGACGACCUCAUCCACUUCUCCAACUCUGAAAACUGCAAAGAGCUGCAGCUGGAGAAGAGUAAAGGGGAGAUCCUGGGUGUGGUGAUAGUGGAGUCUGGCUGGGGCUCCAUCCUGCCCACAGUUAUCUUGGCAAAUAUGAUGAACGGCGGACCGGCAGCUCGCUCUGGCAAGCUCAGCAUUGGAGACCAGAUCAUGUCCAUCAACAACACCAGCCUUGUGGGGCUGCCACUCGCCACCUGUCAGGGAAUCAUUAAGGGCUUGAAGAACCAGGUUCAGGUGAAAAUGAACAUCGUCAGCUGUCCUCCUGUUACCACUGUCCUCAUCAAGAGACCUGAUUUAAAGUAUCAGCUUGGCUUCAGCGUCCAGAACGGCAUUAUAUGCAGCCUGAUGCGAGGAGGCAUAGCUGAGCGAGGGGGGGUCCGAGUGGGUCACAGGAUCAUAGAGAUCAAUGGGCAGAGUGUGGUGGCCACAGCACAUGAGAAGAUUGUCCAGGCCCUCUCAAACUCUGUCGGCGAGAUUCACAUGAAGACUAUGCCAGCGGCCAUGUUCAGACUUCUAACAGGACAGGAGACCCCCAUGUACAUAUGAACAAUGGCCAGGGAGUGUUCAACGGGACAGGCUGUCAGUCACCUUUGAUUGGUUAUCUCACAGGGCAAACCAAGCUGACCGCUGACAGGGGCGGGG